AUGGCGGAUCACCCCGAGGACGAGGAGUUGGAAUUAACAUACGAAGUCGAAGAUGACGGAGACGCGUUAAAAGCAGGAGAAGGCGAAGCUCAUAACGAGGACGAAGAGCGGAAAGGUAGUGCUGGCGGCGGAGCAGCCGGAAGCGGCGGCAACGGCGACGGCGAGAACGUUAGUGGCGGCGGCAGCGGAGGCGACAGCGGUGAUGGCGGAGACCGAGGAGGCCAGGGGGGAGUUGAAGGGGCGAUCGCGCACAACGCGCAACCGGGAGGUAAUGCGCAAGAGCCGGCGGGGCAAGGGGGAAGCGUAGGCGGAACUUCAGGCGCGGACGGGAGUUCCUCCCAGGCGCAUCGUCCCGCGCAGGGGAUGGCGGGGCAAGCAGCAAGCGGAGGCGGAAACUCCGGCACGCAGCAGCAGCACGGCGGGGGAAUGGGUGGAAAUCCUGGGCAGAUGGCGCAAGGGGAAGGGCAGGGGGGUGGAGGGUUUCAGGGUCAAGGGGGAAUGGGUGGGAUGGGGCAAGGCGGGAUGGGGCAAGGUGGGAUGGGGCAGGGCGGAAUGGGGCCUGGCGGAGGGGGAAUGGGGGCCAUGGGCGCAGGAAUGGGUGGGGGGCAAGUUGGACCCGGCGGAAUGGGCUCAGGCGGAAUGGGGCAGGGGGGAGGCGGAAUGGGACAAGGUGGAGGCGGAAUGGGGCAGGGGGGAAUGGGAAUGGGUCCUGGCGGAGGAGGAGGCGGCGGAGGCGGCGGCGGGGGAGGCAUGGGCGGAGGCGGAGGCGGAGGGGGAGGCGGAGGGGGAGGGGGGUUUGAGGGGUUGGCGGUGUUUGUGGGGGACCUGCACUGGUGGACGACAGACGCGGACAUAGAGGCGGGGGCGUCUGAGUUCGGCAAAGUGGUGGGGGUGAAGUUCUUUGAAGAAAAAGCCACUGGGCGGUCUAAAGGGUACUGUCAGGCACCUUGCUAUGGCUUCCGCCCAACCUGGCCCCCACAUGGGCCCCAUGGGGGGAGGUCCUGGGGGGAUGGGGGGAGGAAUGGGCGGAAUGGGGGGAGGCAUGGGCGGUGGCAUGGGGGGGAUGGGCGGGCCGGGGGGGAUGGGGGGAAUGGGGCCUAUGGGUGGAGGAAGAGGAGGUGGGGGUGGGGGGAUGGGGAACUUUCCUGGAAGGGGUGGAGGGCCGAUGGGUGGCCCGAUGGGAAUGGGGGGAAUGGGGCCAGGUAUGGGGGGUAUGGGGGGGAGGGAUGGGGGGAGGUAUGGGAGGAGGAAUGGGGGGAGGAAUGGGGGGAGGAAUGGGAGGAGGGAUGGGAGGGGGGAUGGGAGGGGGGAUGGGGGGAGGGAUGGGGGGGGGGUAUGGUGGGUCCCAUGGGUGGUAUGGGCAUGGGAGGGGGGAUGGGGGCAGGAGGGGGCCCAAUGGGUGGGGGAGGGCCAAUGGGGGGAGGAAUGGGAGGAGGCAUGGGAGGAGGCAUGGGGGGAGGCAUGGGGGGAGGCAUGGGGGGAAGCAUGGGGGGAGGCAUGGGCGGAGCGGGCCCUAUGGGGGGAGGUUCUGGGCCAGGGAGAGGCUUUGGGCGCGGGGGCAUGAUGCCUGGGCGGGGCAUGGGGAUGGGGGGAAGAGGAGGGGUAGAUGGGGGAAGAGGGGGGAGAGGCGGGGCAGGUGGGGACUGGGGUGGAGGAAUGGGGGGAGGAGGGGGCAUGGGAAGAGGGGGAGGGGGAAGGGGAGCUGGUACAGGGGGAAUGCCCUUCCCCGGAGGCCCCCCUAUGGGGGGAGGUGGGGGGUUCGACCCAUCAAUUGGCCCUGGGGGAAUGGGGGCAGGAGGGGGGACUGUGGCAGGGGGAGGGGGAGGAGGGGGAAGAGGUUUUGUUGGUCCGCCAGGGGGAGGGGGGGGCUUCCCCAGGGGAGGCCCUGGGUUCAACCAAAUGGGCCCUGGGGGAGGGAUGGGGGGAAACAUGGGGGGAAACAUGGGGGGAGGCAUGGGGGGAGGCAUGGGGGGUGGGUUCCCAAACAUGGGCGGUGGUCUGCCUGGUGUUGCUCCCCACAUCAACCCAGCCUUCUUUGGAAGAGGAGGGGGAGGGGGAGGAGGGCAAAUGGGAGGAGGCGGAGGGGGAAUGGGCAGUGCGGAUGGUAACAUGGGUGGGUGGGAAGGCGGAGGAGGAAUGGGAGGAGGAGGAGGAUCGUGGGGGGGUGGAGGAGGUGCGGGAGGAGGGGAGGCAGGCAAGGGUGGUGGUGGUGCCGCUGCUGGUGGUGGUCUGAACAGUGCCACAGGAAGCGGGGAUUAUUUUGAAGGGGAGGGAGGUGCCAGCUCGCACAGAGGAGGGGGUGGGAAAAGAGGCGAGAAUGCGGAGGAAGGAGGGAAUGAAUAA